AUGUAUCGCAACAUCAACCUUUAAAAGAGAGAUAAACUUGAUUUGUACGAUACUAGAGAUUAAUCUCAUCCAUUUAACACAUUUUAUGAACCAGCAACAGCAAUUUUCCUAGGUCCGGUUGAUUUAAAGAAAAGAAAAUGCACAGAUUUUUUUUGGUUAGUUGGAUUUCUCGUUAUCACGCUAGCUACUAUUGGGGUCAUGGCUUCUGUCUACCAAGAAGUUGAUUUUAAUAGAUUUUAUCACAGUUCGGAUUUUAGAGGAGAUUUAUGUGGAAGACUAUAAUUGUCUGAAAAAACAUAUGCUUAUUUUUUUGACCCAAUAAAUGCUGGAAUGAUAGCAAUGUGCGUAAACCAAUGCCCUUAAUAAGAUUAAAUAGAUUAUUGUUUUUAUGAUGUUGAUGGGAAAACUAUUUUAUAAGAUUACUGCUUUUCUUCAUACACUUCAAAUACAUAUCAAAACAGAUACUGUCUACCUCUAACAAAUAAUCAAUAAAGAAAAGCUAUUUUAGCAAGUCUUGAUGGCUACUUCUACACAUGGAAAAAUAUAGCUCAUGACAUAUACGUUGCUAAAGACAUUGUUUUUUCUGGUCUAGUAGUAGGAUUAUUAAUUGGAUUUAUAUAUAUGAUUCUUUUGCUAAUAAAAAAGCUUAGCUUUGUUCUUGUGUGGAUAUUUGCUUUUGCCCCUCCAGCUAUAUUUACUAUUAUUUUUCUUUUUCUUUAUAAUAAAGAAUAUGAUAGAUAAGUAUCUUCCCAGUGUGCUAGCGGCUAAAGUGACUCAUCUUGCCUUAAUAGAUAUAUUUUAUAUGCAUUUAUUUUGAGAUAUGGCUUGCUGGCAAUAUCUGGAAUUUUUAGUUUAGUUAUGUUCUUUAGUUUCAGAAAAAUAAUUAAUACCCAGAAGGAUAUACAAAUACUAUUAGCACCUUUUAGGGGAAUUCACUCGAUGAAAAUUGUACCAUUUUUUACUUCAAUAAUUCAGCUUGGAGCUAUUUUAAUCACAUAUGGAUUAAUAGUUAUAGUUAUGGCUUCUGGAAAGAGAUAAGUUUUAACUGCUCCAACUGCCUUUCCAAAUCCUUUGUAUGUUGACCUAGUCACUAAAGAUUAUGUAUUUUACCUUAUACCUCUGCUUUUGGUUUUACUGCUCAUAUUUUUAGAAACAUUUUUCCUCUUUUAAAAGUUUUGCUACUCUUUUGCUGUCUAGGUUUGGUAUUUCAGCAGAUAGAAAAGUAUCCUUGAUAGACCUAGUACUAGAGGUAUAAUAUUUUGUUUUGCUAAACAUUUGGGUACUUGUGUUAAAGGAGCUUGCAUCAUUAUUAUAACAUGGCCUUUUCGUUCUUUGCUGAGGAGAUUGAAAGCAAAAUUGAAAUAAGUGAAAGAAGAUAACAGAGAUAGCAAAUGGCUUUAAUGCUGGCUUUUUACUUGCACACCAUUUUUUCACUUUUUUGAAUACUAUUCUAAAUAUUAAAGCUCUACAUCUAUCAUGCAUACUGCUUUGUAUGGAUUAGGAUGGUCAGAUAGUGCUGAAAAGACAUAUUAUUUGUUUUAAAGAAAUCUUUCAAGAACUGAAAGAUUCAGUGAAUUAUUCGGAUAUCAUAGAUUGAUUGGAUCUAUUUGUGCCUCUUGUUGUGCCUUCUUCUUUAUAUACUUGUUUUCAGUAGAUAAAACUCAGAAUUUAUUAGGUUAAUCUAUGGAUUACUUGUUUUUACCUUAUGCAGUAGCUGGAAUUACAGUGUUCUUUGGCUUCUACUUACCUCAAAAUUUUUGCAUGUCAUUUGAUGUUGUAAUAGAGGCUAUGAUCUUUUCUCUGACUGCAGAUGAAGAAAUGUUUUUAGGAAGAGAGAGGUUUUGUGAGGAUUUUAUAUUAGAUUAUUUGAAUAGUAUUACCAAAGAAACUCAAAAGAAAGGGUUGGUAGCUGUAGCUAGAAGAGAUUAAUAAGACUAGAAAUUAGCUGAUGAUGAAAAUUUAGAUAAUCUUAAGCCAAAAGAAGAACCAAUUGCUGUGAAAGAAAUAAUUCCUGAACCUGAAAGCUCUUCAUCCUCAGAGGAGGAAGAUGUAAAUGCUGUUGAUUUGUUUGCAUAAGAAUAAAGAGAAGAUGAAGAGGAAAGAAGAUCUCAAUAUACAGAACCUGAAUAACCAGAGCCAGUGGUUCCAGAGUUACCCCCACCUCCUGUUGAAGAAACAUUUUAAUUCAAAAAACUUGAUCUUAAUGAUAUCAAAAAUGAGCAAAGAGAAAGUGAUGAUGAUGAAGUCCAUGAAGAUUUUGGUAUUGUUAGCAAGAAAAAAAAUGUUUAGUACGAUGAUGAAGAAGACAACGAUGAUAUUAUUUUAGAUUAGUAGGAGUAAUAAUGA